AUGUCUGGCCCUGCGGCCAUUGACGAUAGCACGGGAGAAGCAAGCUCUUAUGCAGAGAGAACAAAAUCACUUGAUGCCAUUUCCAAAGAAGACAGAGAAUCCAUAUUAAAUAAUGGCGAAGCUGCUCAUACUUCUGAAAUUGCUGCCUUUAGAGUCAGGGAGCUAUUACUUCCAAAUAAGGAAUCCUAUUCGGGGCCGGUGCUUGGCAACAUCCCCGAGGGUAGGGGAAGGUAUGCCUGGUCAGAUGGCUGCAUAUACGAGGGUGAGUGGAGACGGGGGAUGAGACAUGGGAGUGGAAAAAUUAUUUGGCCUUCAGGUGCCAUUUAUGAGGGAGAAUUUUCAGGUGGAUAUAUGCAUGGUACGGGGACUUACAUUGGAUCAGAUAAGAUGACAUAUAAAGGGCGAUGGCGGUUGAAUCUCAAACAUGGUCUGGGUUAUCAAGUUUAUCCUAAUGGAGAUGCCUUUGAAGGCUCUUGGAUCCAGGGAAUGCCCGAAGGGCCUGGAAAGUAUACAUGGGUAAAUGGAAAUGUUUAUCUAGGAAAUAUGAAAGGAGGGAAGAUGUCCGGGAAAGGAACUCUCACUUGGACAAAUGGGGACUCAUUUGAAGGAAGCUGGUUGAAUGGAAUGAUGCAUGGAUUUGGAGUCUACACAUGGAGUGAUGGAGGCUUCUAUGUUGGCACUUGGACCCGGGGUUUAAAGGAUGGUAAAGGGUCAUUUUAUCCAAAAGGCAGCAGACUUCCAGCAGUAGAAGAACUUUACCUAAAUGCUUUGAGGAAACGAGGGCUCUUACCAGAUUUAAGAAAACAGAACAAUGCACAUAUCCAUCAUGCUACUUCAGUGGAUAUGGGAAAUUCAAAGAUUGGAGAGAGCCAGGGAUCUCAUCUUGUUUCUGCUGAUAAACUCUCUAACAGAAAUCUGUUAAAUUUGGAGCCGUCUCAUAGAAAUGUUUCCUUGGAAAGGCGUUGGAGCCUUGAGGUAUCUUUUGAAAAAGUGAUUGGACGUGAUUCAUUAGAGGGUGGAGAAAAAGAUGAUGGGACAGGGAUUCCAAUCUUGGAACGAGAAUAUAUGCAAGGUGUCUUAAUCAGCGAGUUAGUAAUGAAUAAUAGCUUUACAUCAUCAUCUAGAAGGGCAAAACGGCGACAAAAGAAACUAGCAAAAGUAGUGAAGAGACCUGGUGAAGCAAUCAUUAAAGGUCAUAGGAGCUAUGAUCUAAUGCUCAGUUUGCAGCUUGGUAUAAGGUAUACUGUUGGGAAGAUUACACCUAUACAAAGGAGAGAAGUCCGGGCAUCAGAUUUUGGCCCUCGGGCAAGUUUUUGGAUGAAUUUUCCUAAAGACGGCUCUCAAUUGACACCACCUCAUCAAUCGGUAGAUUUUAGGUGGAAAGACUAUUGCCCAAUGGUCUUCAGGAAUUUAAGGGAGAUGUUCAAGAUUGAUGCUGCUGAUUACAUGAUGUCUAUUUGUGGAAAUGAUGCUCUCAGAGAACUUUCUUCUCCUGGAAAAAGUGGUAGUGUGUUUUUCCUUUCUCAAGAUGAUCGUUUCAUGAUUAAGACACUCCGGAAAUCUGAAGUUAAGGUUCUUCUACGGAUGCUUCCAAGUUAUCAUCAUCACGUAAGGUCAUAUGAGAACACACUCAUCACAAAAUUCUUUGGUCUUCAUAGGAUUAAACCUUCAAGUGGUCAAAAGUUCCGCUUUGUAGUGAUGGGAAACAUGUUCUGCACAGAGUUAAGAAUACAUAGACGAUUUGAUUUGAAAGGUUCAUCCCUUGGUCGUUCUGCAGAUAAGAUUGAAAUUGACGAAAACACAACACUAAAGGACUUGGAUUUAAACUACUCCUUUUAUUUGGAACCUUCUUGGCGAGAGGCUUUGUUGAAUCAGAUUGAGAUUGACAGUAAAUUUCUGGAGGCACAGCACAUUAUGGAUUACAGCCUUCUCAUGGGAGUGCAUUAUAGAGCCCCCCAACAUCUGCGGUCUUUCAUGACCUACAAUAGAAGCACAACAGCUGAUGGAUUAGAAAUACUCGCAGAGGAAGAGACCCUGGAGGACGAAAUCUCCAAUUACCCACAAGGCCUUGUUUUAAUCCCUCGUGGAACAGAUGAUGAUAGCGUUGUUGUGGGUCCUCACGUCAGAGGUAGCCGACUGAGAGCAUCAUCUGCUGGUUAUGAGGAAGUGGAUCUCCUUUUACCUGGUACAGCAAGACUCCAAAUCCAGCUGGGUGUGAACAUGCCAGCAAGGGCAGAGCAGGUUCCUGGGGAGGAGCAGAUAUUUCCUGAAGUAUAUGAUGUUGUGCUAUAUCUUGGGAUCAUUGAUAUAUUGCAAGACUACAGCAUGGGCAAGAAGAUUGAACACGCUUACAAAUCUCUUCAGUUUGAUUCCUUGUCCAUCUCUGCCGUGGACCCUACGUUCUAUUCCCAUCGCUUCUUGGAAUUCAUUCGGAAGGUGUUCCCUCCAAAUGCUUUAACAAGAUAA